AUGGACAGCAGUGUGGUGGCCACAAAGCUGUUGAAGGAGGGUCUACAGGAGGCUGAGGUGUGGGGAGACCCAGACACCAGAGCCCUGUUUCUCCUCCAAGGGGCUAGACUGGACACACACAGAGGACUGCCCCGCGAGAACAGCACCUCACUGCUACAGGUAGCUAACAACCACACACACACACCCACACACACCUUACUGCUACAGGUCACACAUUCUUAUUGAUAUCUACAGUGAGGGAAAAAAAGUAUUUGAUCCCCUGCUGAUUUUGUACGUUUGCCCACUGACAAAUAAAUGAUCAGUCUAUAAUUUUAAUGGUAGGUUUAUUUGAACAGUGAGUGACAGAAUAACAACAACAAAAAUCCAGAAAAAACGCAUGUCAAAAAUGUUAUAAAUUGAUUUUCAUUUUAAUGAGGGAAAUAAGUAUUUUACCCCCUCUCAAUCAGAAAGAUUUCUGGCUCCCAUGUGUCUUUAAUACAGGUAACGAGCUGAGAUUAGGAGCACACUCUUAAAGAGAGUGCUCCUAAUCUCAGCUUGUUACCUGUAUAAAAGACACCUGUCCACAGAAGCAAUCAAUCAAUCAGAUUCCAAACUCUCCACCAUGGCCAAGACCAAAGAGCUCUCCAAGGAUGUCAGGGACAAGAUUGUAGACCUACACAAGGCUGGAAUGGGCUACAAGACCAUCACCAAGCAGCUUGGUGAGAAGGUGACAACAGUUGGUGCGAUUAUUCGCAAAUGGAAGAAACACAAAAUAACUGUCAAUCUCCCUCGGCCUGGGGCUCCAUGCAAGAUCUCACCUCGUGGAGUUGCAAUGAUCAUGAGAACGGUGAGGAAUCAGCCCAGAACUACGCGGGAGGAUCUUGUCAAUGAUCUCAAGGCAGCUGGGACCAUAGUCACCAAGAAAACAAUUGGUAACACACUACGCCGUGAAGGACUGAAAUCCUGCAGCGCCCGCAAGGUCCCCCUGCUCAAGAAAGCACAUAUACAUGCCCGUCUGAAGUUUGCCAAUAAACAUCUGAAUGAUUCAGAGGAGAACUGGGUGAAAGUGUUGUCAUCAGAUGAGACCAAAAUCGAGCUCUUUGGCAUCAACUCAACUCGCCGUGUUUGGAGGAGGAGGAAUGCUGCCUAUGACCCCAAGAACACCAUCCCCACCGUCAAACAUGGAGGUGGAAACAUUAUGCUUUGGGGGGUUUUUUCUGCUAAGGGGACAGGACAACUUCACCGCAUCAAAAGGACGAUGGACGGGGCCAUGUACAGUCAAAUCUUGGGUGAGAACCUCCUUCCCUCAGCCAGGGCAUUGGAAAUGGGUCGUGGGAUGGGUAUUCCAGCAUGACAAUGACCCAAAACACACGGCCAAGGCAACAAAGGAGUGGCUCAAGAAGUAGCACAUUAAGGUCCUGGAGUGGCCUAGGCAGUCUCCAGACCUUAAUCCCAUAGAAAAUCUGUGGAGGGAGCUGAAGGUUCGAGUUGCCAAACGUCAGCCUCGAAACCUUAAUGACUUGGAGAAGAUCUGCAAAGGGGACUGGGACAAAAUCCCUCCUGAGAUGUGUGCAAACCUGGUGGCCAACAACAAGAAACGUUUGACCUCUGUGAUUGCCAACAAGGGUUUUGCCACCAAGUACUAAGUCAUGUUUUGCAGAGGGGUCAAAUACUUAUUUCCCUCAUUAAAAUGCAAAUCAAUUGAUAACAUUUUUGACAUGCGUUUUUUCUGGAUUUUUUUGUUGUUGUUAUUCUGUCUCUCACUGUUCAAAUAAACCUACCAUUAAAAUUAUAGACUGAUCAUUUCUUUGUCAGUGGGCAAAUGUACAAAAUCAGCAGGGGAUCAAAUACUUUUUUCCCUCACUGUAUACACACUCUCACAUUACAAUAGUGCUGUCACGAUACCAGAAUUUUGACUUUGAUACCAAUACCAGGUUUAGUAUUUUUCCAAAAUGAUACUCGAAUCCACAGCAAAAAAAGAAAGCGAGGAUAACUUUUUUGUAGAAAUACUGUGAGAAGGUAAGUUCUCAUUUCCACAGAAAUUUCCCUAAUAACAUAUUGGUAAAAAUAUUUUAGACGGACUCUUUACCAUUGCCUAAACAUGGUUCAUAUUAUCAAGCAGGUGUGUUAUUAGCAUUAAGCAUUGUCGUCUGUAGCCUAACUGAUGCAGCAUAAUGGCAAAAUAAAUAGGCUGAAGUAUGCAUUAGGCUUUGAGUGAGUUAAAGUGAGUUUUUCCCCUAGUCAUUUCUCAGUCAAUACUCAUAUUCCGGAAUGAAAUUUGGCACACCGGUUCCCUAAAUGGUCAGCAGAUGGCGCCGCGAUCCGCUCGCUAGUUUUCUUGCUGGAAAGAUGUAUUGAGAUUUUCCAUUCUCCCGUAUGUAUUUUCGAAGACAUUUAAGAAAAUCCACUAUAUUGUCAACAGUGACACUCAAAUGACCAAGAAAGAUUACAUAUCAGAAGUGCCUUCCGUUCGAAUAUCAGAGGAAGGUGUUGUUGAUGUAAUUAAAAAACAUUUUUUAUUUUACAGGAAAGAAUGAAGGUAAGCUAACUAAAUUAACAAAAUUACAUGGGGGCUAACAGGCUAAUAUUAUUUAUUUUUUGAAGGUGAAACAGAAAAAGAUAGACAGCAUUAGGAUUACAGAUCAUACAGUCUAAUUCAAAGUGAGAAAUGCAGCAUGCCCUCAUUGAAAAUCUAUAUGUUCUAUGUACCGAGCUGUUACGCAAAGCUGAAACCUAGCCACUCUCCUCUCCUAACAACAUUACCUAGCUACACAACGUUAUAUCCCAAUGUCAUUGACACUCAAUAUAUUUUUGUUCUCAGCCACAUCUAAGCCAUCAAAAUUGAAUUCAAGCCAGAUAGCAUACAUUAUUGAAAUUGUAUCGGUUUCAUUAGUUGACGUUGAAAUGUCAUUUGCUUGCUAGCCAGCUAGCUUGCUUGCUUGCCAGGCUCCCGGGUUCAUUUCUCUUCCGAGCAGCCCACUUAUGGCACAAGUAUGCUAACUAUCUAGCUAACUCGUUGUACCUGGACAACAUUGACCCUCAACAUACUUAUUUUGUUCAAUUAUCUCAGCCAUAGUCACAGUUAAAUUCAAGGCAGAUGAACUAUCUAACAGGCAUGAGCUCAGAUCGGCUAAAAACGUUCAUUUUGUUUAAUCUAACCUACCUCUCAACUGUACGUAGCUAGCUAGUUAGCUACGUUAGCUAAUCAAAACGAUGCUCUUAAAUGACAUAUAAUAGCAUAAUGCCGUGACAGUUUCAUCAAGCGUAAGUAGAACGUUAUAGCUAUAUCUAUUCUUACCUUGAUUGUCGGUAUUAGCUACUCUUUGGCCAUAUGUCCAAUAUUAUUUGGAGUCUCAUCACAAAAUCAUACAUAGAUGGCUGUUGACUUAUGUUGCAGUAUCUUAGCCUGAUUUAUCCUGACUUUCUGGCAAUUGUGUAAUCAGGGCCCCGGUUCUAGGCAUAAGUGACAUAAGCGGUCGCUUAGGGGCCCCGACCCAAAACAUUUGAUGUGCCCUUGAGUAAGGCACUUAACCCUAAUUGCUCCUGUAUGUCGCUUUGGAUAAGACCAUCUGCUAAAUUACUCAAAUGUAAAAUGUAGGUCGGGGGCCCCCCCAACCAAAUCUCGCUAAGGGCCCCAAAAGGCUUCAUAAACAACUUUUGAAAUGCAAGCAACAGGUGAUGAGACCAGUUACAGAAAGUAUUACAAUACCGAAACAUAAAAACAUCUAAAUAUUUCACUCAAGUCAACCUUCCAAACAUGAUUGUAAUACAAUCAUCAGUACUAUUCAUAUUAACCUACUGGACCUCCUUAGCACAAACAAGAACAUGAAACAAAGAUUAUUCACUUUAUUUUAAAUGAUGAUGUAAUGGUGAAUGAAUCACACAUUGUUGAAUGUGGUAGCUGCAAGCCGUCUCUGUUUACAUCCCUCUCAGUCCAAUCACCAAUGACUGCUAUAGUAGAGGAAGAGAGGUUACAAUAGAAAAGGGUGGGGGGGCUAGAUGGAGGUUAAGAUCUCAUGGAGUGUUACCCUUUUGUAGUGUAUUAACCAGAUAGUUAUUAGAAUCAGGUGCGCUAGUUUAGGGUUGGAGAAAACCUACCAUUCGGUAACUCCAGGAGAGCCCUGUAACAGAUCAAGCUGUUGAUUCCAUCUCGAUCUGGUCAUCUUCAUCGUGGUACUCCAGCACUCAGGGGCCUGAUUGGUCUCACACCUUUUCCCCAGCCCCAGCUAACUAAACUAAUUACAUUCUGAGGACUAGAGUCCUCUAGAGAAUCACCUGAAAAACAUAAAUCGUGUCACAAUUACUUUGUUUGCAAACUGUAGCAACACUGAAACGUUUUAAAAACCAAGCAAUGCUCUCAUAUCUAAACUACAUGCUUGUGGUCGGCAAAGAAAGCUAACAGGUACACCUAACAAACAUUCAAUGAAGUAUAGUUAAUGUGUUCAAAGAGUUGGAUCAUGUCUACGUAUGGUAGCCAGGUAGAGGUGAGGUGGGGGGAAUAUGAUUAGUCUAUAUAGAACAGUGUUUCUUAAUCCUGUUCUUGGGGACCUAGCACUACACAGCCCAUUCAAAUGAUCAACUUAUCAAGAUGAUUUGAAUCAGGUAUGUAGUGCUAAUGCAAAAACAGUGUAUCUUCCUCCACUGUCCAUCUCCCACAAUGGGCUUAAACCAGUGAUCCUCUGCUCGCAAACACACGUGACCAUCCUCCUUGACAACAUACCAACAGUUUGAGCUACCCAAAAGGUACCAAUUGGAUGGCUCCAUCCGCGACAUUGAGUUUACGGAACAUUUUUAACUCUGUUACACUAAUAUAUGAUCACAUACAAAUGUUUAUGUCUGUCAUUCCUCUCGUGACCCACCUGCCCUCGGCACUACUCAUUCAUGUCGACUCUCUCUUAGACCAUGGUACUGUAAUUGUACUCAUCAGUUUUGCCUUCAUCGUUCUUCAGUGAGACGAGGUGGUGGUACUGGGGGGGGGGGGUCAUCAUUUAAAUUGAAUUGAUUAGAUUAGAAUUUGGAUGUGUUGUCCUGCCUUCUGUUUUCCUGCAGCAGGGUUCAAAGUCAUGCUAAUUCAGGUUGGGGGUGAGUUCCCUCUAGAAUUUGGUUAGAAGGGCACUGAAUUCGCUCAUACUUUGAGAAUCUUGUUAGAAAGCCCUGUGUGUAUUCCUCGUUUAUAGAGUAAUUAUUUGAUUGACUACACGUUCAUAAUUUUGUACGUCUAUUGGUAAAGAUCAUUUACACUAUAGGCUACUCAUAGAAUUAUACAGGAUUUAACUUUACAUCUCUGGCUAAGAUAGACUUUAUAAAUUAAAGCUUAGACUAUGGUUGCUAUUAACCGCUCAUAAGUGCCAUAAGCCUUUUAAUAAUCACAAAGUCAAUGCACAACAUUUUCUUAUCAGAAUGUAUGGCUCUCUCCCUGUUGCACUCGCAACAUGAUUGCGCCUCGAGAGGAAUAUUUAUUUCUCACAUGGAACGCACAACAACAAGCUGACUAGGUAAAUAGUUAAACUAUUCUACUAUGGGGUUGUCGGAUUUUGCUGUUCGUUACUCGUUUUGUUGGCAGAGGCCCUAUAACUCUGUCUUCUCCCCCACUGACUCACCAUUGCAUGCCCAAGAGCAGGUAGCUAGCUAGCCUACUAUAAGAAACCUAGCCUACUACUGCGAAUUUUGUAGUAGGCUUGAGAAAAUUCGGACAAAAUACUAGACAGAUGUGAUCCUCUCAGUCAGUAUACUACGUGAGACACAUUUGAUUGAAGUACCGAAAUUAACAAAAAAUGCUAGUACCGAACCGUUUUUCAUGUUGUAGUAUCAGAAACUUCGGUAAAACGUGCAACACUACAUUACGAUUGAUCAAAUCUGUAGUCUGUAUAAUAUUGUCUAGUCUGUGUAAAAAUCUUUCUAUAAUUCCAUACCGACCACUCAGUCACUUACAGUACAUCAUAUUUAUACACACAUUAUUUACUAGUGUAUACACUAAUAUACACAUACAAGUAGACUUAUGAAUGUGUUGUGUACUACAGGAGGCAGUGAGUCUUCUGUCGGGUCACUCCUGUCUGCCUCCUGGCUCCAGUGUAACGUUGGCCCAGGCCACUCUACUGCUCAGUGAUCUGAGAGGGACAGGCAGCCAGGCCCUACACCUCCUCACACAGAAACUACUACAGCAACAGGUCUGUCAGACAUAGUCCCUCCAACUUCUCUUUCUCCCCUCAUGACUCCAACCACGGUCUUAUUUUCUGAACUUUUUUUCUGAACCACAACAGGCUCGAUUCGAAGUAUGGUUAACUCAGAAAAAUACAAAUAAAUCCUUGUCUCUCCUCUCCACCACUCUCUUGUUCAUUAUUUCUUUGCAUUGUCCCUCGAUUAACUUACCUGACUGCCUGUAUUACAGUCGGAACACUGAUUUUUCUUAAUGUGUGUGUAUUGUCUCUUCUCAGCUGUGUGUGUUGGGGGAGAGUGUGUCAUUGGGAGAGAGUGGCAGAGUAAUCCUCCCUCCAGCCCCUGGUCUCUCUAACAUCUACCUCCCACAUCUCCCACUACUGGCCAAGGCCACCAUGCGCCUGGGUAUGAUUCAUACUGUACCACAGUUCUCAAACGUUUCAACCCAGUGACUGUAAUACACAUAGGUCCUUGAAGAUGCCAGACCUACCUGUAUGUGGACCUAUCUUAUGAACAAUCACUUAAUCAGUCUCUCUAUCUGUUCUUACAGGUCACUGCUUGGCUGUACAGGCCAUGACCAGCGCCCCUGCCUCCAGCGUGUCUAGCCCCAGAAGCUCCUCUACCCCCUGGGUGUGUGCUCAGGAGGUGCUGCAGUCAGCCCUGCUCCUUUCCCAGGCCUGUGCUACCAGAGACAGACAGCUGGAGGCUGAUAUCCUCUACUGCAAGGGUAAGACAUUUCUUUCCAACCUUAUUCAAUCACGAGAUGAGAUAUGUAUGUGUGCAUAUGUGUAUCAAUCUGCUCAUUGAAUGUCAGAGUGACCUUAGUUGGAUGAUCUUUGGUGUGUGUGUGUCCAGGGAUGGUGGAGCGCUGUCUGAUGUCUCUCAGUGACUUCCAGCCUCAGACAGUUGCAGUGACACUACUGGAGAGCAUCAAUAUCUCUCUGUCCCAGAGUCACAAUCUACAGUAAGUCACCUACAGUAGUGUGUAUGGUCAUCUUUGAGAGUAGUAUACGGAACUCCUCAAACACCAGUGUGCUUGUUUGACUGAAGCAUGUGUGUUGUGUGUGUCAGGCUGAUCCGUAAGUGUUAUCUGGAGAUGGCCUUAGUGUACCUGCACCAGUGGGAGCAGAGCAGCCCAGCACCUCAGGACCAGCAGAACCCC